ACGUCCAAAUAUAUUAUGUGUUAAAUAAAACUGUCAAAUUUACAAGUGAAAGAAAUGUCAUUGAAAAGAGAUCGCAGAAAAAAUGAGGGUGCAGGUGGAGGUGGGAAGAAGACGCAGAAGACAGAGGCAAAGACUGCCACUAUGUGCCUUCAAAUUAGUAUGCAUUUGUCGAAAUAUCUAAUUUUGAUAUUAAUCAUGCGCAGGGUUCCUGGACCUAAAUAUAAACUCAAGACACUCGUCGGCUAUAGGGAUCAUUGUAUCUCGAAAUAUCGAAAUCCAGCAUAUACAUUCGGUGGACGUCGCCCUAUCCUUGAUGUAGAAGACACUCCAGGACCAAAAUAUAUGAUUGACAAACGUAAACUUAUAGGAUUCACCUUUGGACAUGCCUUAAAACAUGGCGAUAUUACUUUUGGACCCGGUCCGAAAUAUAAGCUGCCAGAUGUUUCGCGCGGUCCUUUCUUUUCAAUAAAAUGGAGAACCAAAUUGAGAAAAACUGACGAGACACCAGGGCCUUACUACAUUAAACCUAUUGCUAGGGUGCCGGCAUUUUCCAUGGGAUUACGCACUGUCACGACGAAACCCGUAAUUAGCGCAGGUCCUUACCCAUCGUGCAACCUAGACGUAGUAAAAUCCAGAACCCCAACGUACACUAUAGUUGGCGCUAGACGAUCAUUGCGAAUGAUGUCUGAAGGUGCGGAUGUGCUAUAUGCUAUUCGGCCACCCAAACCGACUCCCGCUUUUUCAUUCGGUGUAAAGCACAGCGAAUGUGCACCACCCUACAUAAUUGAAUGUGACAAACAAUGUUAGAAAUGAAAAAAAAUUGUUUAAAUAUAC